AUUGUUGAGACUCUUUGCUUGUUUGAAAGAUACUUUCCUCCAAGUUUGUUUGAUAUCAUGCUUCAUUUGACUGUCCAUCUAGGAAGAUAAGCUCGGCUUGGUGGACCAGUCCACUUUAGAUGGAUGUACCCGUUUGAAAGGUACAUGAAAGUCCUCAAAGACUUUGUUAGAAAUCCUGCAAGACCAGAGGGCUGCAUAGCUGAGUGCUACCUUGCUGAGGAAUGUAUCCGGUUUUGCAGUGAGUUCCUGAAGAAAACAACAAAUGUUCAAGAGAAACAGGAUAGAAACACAGAGUAUGAGAACAAUUCUUUCUUAGAGGGUCGUCCAAUAACCACUGCUACUUCAGUAACUCUCACUGAAACGGAAAAGAGGAUUGCUCAUCUUGCUAUCAUCCAAAACAUGGCUCUGGUUGAACCUUAUGUAGAUGAGCAUCUACAAUAUUUACAAGACACAGAUGGAAGGUGUCGGCGAGAUGCAUCAACGUUAUGGAGUAUGCAUACUAAGAAUUUUGCUUCCUGGCUAAAAGAGAAGGUGCCUCUUGAUUCUGCAGAACAUGACGACACACUUAAGUGGAUAGCUUAUGGUCCACGUUGUUCUGCGAGAUCAUAUACAGGAUUCAUUGUUAAUGGGCAGAGGUUUCACACAGUUUCAGUUGAUAGGAAAAGUCAGAAUAGUGGGGUCUAUUAUGAGGCUACAGCAGUGUGUAGAGCUAGUGCAAAAGAUACAUCACAGGUGGUAGAUUCCUACCUGGAGGACUGCUUACAUUCUUUUAUGUCAUGGCCUGCUAGCAAAGUUGUCUUUGACAAUCCACCAGAAGCAACAAGAGAACAAUCUCCUACGGGUAUGAAAGUUACAUCGGUUGGUUAUAAGUCGCCUACUGAUACAAGUGGUAGAAAAGGUGCAAAAUCAGGAGCAACAACAUCAAUUCAUACUGAGGAGUCUCCUGCAAUUGAUCAGUGUCAGCUUAAGCAUGGAUCUCAGACAAUGAAACAGAAUCAGAAGUGCAAAUUGAUGGACAUUGGUGAGAGGAAACAAGUUGUUGCUGAAGGUCGUAUCCAUUCAACAGACCCAACUCAACUGGUCCACUUUGUGCGCUUGGGUCCGAAAGCAGCUAGAGUGUGGGUAGAUGCAGUGCUCGUAGAUGAUGCAGAAGUUUGGAGGAAAUCAGAUGAAAUAGAGAGUUUGAAAGAUGCACACGGUUCAUCAAUUGCAUGGCCAAUUGAUAAAUUGGUCAUAUUUUAAGCUGCUGUAAGUAUUCUGUUUUGUGUGUUUAAACCUGCAUAUGUAAUUGCAUAACUGAUCAGAGUUUUCAUUGUUGCAGCAGCUGAGGGAAUGAAGAACUUAGGUCCAGAUUUAGCUAGUGUUUAAGCUAGGCUAAUGAACUUGAUGUAUGAUAUUAUUGCUUAUGACUUUGGUUUGUGUUUUAGAACUGCAUCAGUAACACUUAUGUGUAAUGACUUAUGUAUGUCAAACUUAUUUUAUGAAA